AUGGAUGGACAGGACUGGAACCAAGUCGUACUCACCAAGAAGAGGCCCACCGGCGGCAUGAACGGCGUGCCCAAGUCCGCGGACGCGGCGCGCAGGAUGGGCAUGAGUGUGCAGACGGUUAAGAAGCAGGGCGCGGGAUACAACGCCCAGAGGAUGGGCAAGCUCGAGAACGAGACCGAGGAGCUCAGCCACGCAAAGGUUGGUGGCGAGGUGAAAAAAGCCAUCAUGCAGGGUCGCCUCGCGAAGAAGAUGACCCAAGCUCAGGUCGCGCAGAUGAUCAACGAGAAGCCCCAGAUCAUCCAGGAGUACGAGAGCGGUAAGGCCAUCCCCAACCAGCAGAUCCUGGCCAAGCUCGAGCGCAUCCUCGGCGUGAAGCUCCGCGGCUUGAAGUAA